CCUUUUCUUCCGUGUUAGUAGUGAGUCGGGACUUUCUGGGAAUGCGCGCGUGCUCGUGUUUAUUAAUUUAACUUAACGGAAUUUAAACAGAAUAAACACAAAGAUGAUGGAAGAGAAACAGCUGCUGGAACAGUUUAAUAGGUCGUUGAAUAUCAGUAAUGCAGAAAGUGAGGAGAUCUAUAACAGGUUCAGGCAGCAGGGGAAGGAAGCAGCUCAGCGAGGUGAUCUUGAACUUUCUCUUCGUUUUUUUCGGCAAGCAUUUGAUCUGCGGCCGAGCGACAAAAUGCAGAGUCGAAUCUUGCGAUUGGAGGAAGCCAUCAAGGAACUAAAGGUAUCGGAGGAGGAGGAGGAGGAGUUUGUAGAUGUGCUCUGCUGUGGCUUGAUGAUGUAUAAAGGACUUUAUGAGCAGCUGUAUGAGCACCAGAGAGAGGGUGUGGCCUUCCUGUACAGCCUGCACAAGGACGGGCGGGGUGGCGGCAUCCUUGCUGACGACAUGGGCCUGGGCAAAACGGUGCAAGUCAUCAGCUUUCUGUCGGCUAUGUAUGAUGCUGAGCUGAUUAACCGCACACUUCUUGUUAUGCCCACCUCCCUCAUCAAGAACUGGCUGAGUGAAUUUAAGCGCUGGACCCCUGGUCUACGUGUCAAAGAAUUUCAUGGCACCAGCAAAACAGAGCGCAGCCGGAACCUGGAGCGAAUCCAACGUGGGAGUGGAGCCAUCAUCACCACCUAUCAAAUGCUAAUUAAUAACUGGCAGCAGCUGGCUUCAUUUGCUGGGCAAGAGUUCAUCUGGGAUUACAUCAUCCUAGAUGAAGCACACAAGAUCAAAAGCUCAUCAACAAAGAGUGCAAAGAGUGUGAAAGCAGUUCCAGCACAACACCGCCUCCUGCUCACUGGCACACCGGUUCAGAACAACCUACGGGAGAUGUGGGCACUGUUUGACUUUGCCUGCCAGGGUGCAUUGCUGGGCAGUGCCAAGACCUUUAAAACAGAGUAUGAGAACCCAAUCACACGGGCGAGGGAGAAAGAUGCCACACCUGGAGAGAAAGCUCUUGGGCUUAAAAUCUCACAGAAUCUGACGGAGCUCAUCAGACCAUACUUUCUACGGAGGACCAAAGCUGAAGUACAGAAAAGGAAACUGCUUGCACACAAAACUAAAGAGGAAGAUCAGAAACAGGAAAAGCAGAAUCAGCAGAGCACUAGAGUGAAUGAGGUUCCAUCUCUAACACGAAAGACAGAUCUGAUUGUGUGGACGUACCUGAGUGACGUUCAGGAGAACAUCUACAGACAAUUCAUUUCUCUGGACCACAUCAAACAGCUGCUGACCACCACGCGCUCACCUCUUGCAGAGCUCACGGUGCUCAAAAAGCUCUGUGACCAUCCCAGAUUGCUCUCUGCCCGAGCCAUUACUCAGCUCGGAUUUGGGGCGGGGCCAGUUGACCUCCAUGAGGAAGAAGGCCAGUCAGCUGCAAGCAGCAUUGUAGAUGUGACAGACGAGACGCUGAUCAGCGAGUCUGGAAAGCUGAGUUUCCUUCUGAGUUUAAUGGAGAGUCUGAGAGAUGAGGGCAAGCGCACGCUUGUCUUCUCCCAGUCCAGGAAGAUGCUGGACAUCAUUGAGCGUGUGCUAACCAACAGGAAGUUCCAUUUGCUGCGUGUGGACGGCACCAUCACACAACUGGCUGAGAGAGAAAGGCGCAUUGCUCUUUUUCAGACAGAUGCACGCUACUCUGUCUUUCUGCUGACCACACAGGUGGGUGGAGUUGGCCUCACUCUCACUGCUGCCAAUAGAGUGGUGAUCUUUGACCCGAGCUGGAACCCUGCGACAGAUGCGCAAGCAGUAGACCGAGCAUACCGUAUUGGCCAAACACACGACGUCAUCAUCUACAGACUCAUCACAUGUGGAUCUGUAGAGGAGAAGAUCUACAGACGACAGGUGUUUAAAGAUUCUUUGAUCCGCCAGACUACGGGUGAUAAGAAGAACCCAUUUCGGUACUUUUCUAAGCAGGAGCUGAAGGAGCUUUUCACACUGGAGGACACGCACUCAUCUUCCACUCAGCUGCAGUUGCAGUCACUUCACUCUUCUGUGUGCCGCUCUGACCCUGAGCUGCAGUGUUACAUCUCUGCUCUGAAGGCCAUGAACGUGUUUGGUGUGUCCCGUCAUGACCUGUUGUUCUCUAAUGAGGAGCAUGAAGAGAGCCUGCAGGACGAGGAGACUCAUUACAUUGAGCAGCGUGUACAGAAAGCGCAGGAGCUUGUCCAGGCCGAGUCCCAGCUGCACAGUCUCAUGACGGACAAUGUCAAUCAAAACACAGAACCCGCUUGGCUUCGGUUGUCACGGCAACAGGGCCCAUACCAACACACAGCAAUCGGUGGUGGCAAAACCACGCCCCCCUGCUAUAACCUCAGCCCACCUGCCAUAGUGGAUCUCACCCAAUCACGCUCAGAUGAGAUGGAAAUGAGUGUGGAUGGAGGGAUGCAGCUAAAGGAUGAGUGUGUGAUAGACCUAUCUCCGCAGGUCAGAGAGAACAGUUUUGUUGGACAAGUAUUUAAGAGCGUAGAUGAAGAGCAGAGUUUAAUUGUAGAGGAGCAAUCUGAUGAUGUACUCACACACUCAAAUCAGAUCAUACACAUCUCUCCCUUAAAGCAGUCAGAUUUAUCUGUAGCUCUGCUGGAGACAGAGUCAACGAUACCUAAAACAUUGUCCUUGAGCUCACAUGAAGCCUGUGUUAAGGCUGACUCGUAUGUGUCUAAAGCUCUUUUGGGGGUGGGAUUAGAUUCAUCUACAGAUUCAAAGGCAGAAACUGAUUUGUCUAAAUCAGUGGUUGGAGUGGAGUCCAGCCUUAACCCUGAUUCUACUUCAAAUGAACUGCAGGAAUCAGAGUCUUUUCAAGGUAACUUUAACCUGAAGCUGGAAGACAGUGCAGAGCUGCUGUCAGAGGACAAACAGGAGGAUUUUGAUCAGGAAGAUGUGGAGAUAAGUACAGGGGGUGAAGACUUUCAGUUGCAGAUGGAUGACACUAGAGAGAAGAUGGAGGAGUGUAACUUUGAUAGUGUGAAAAAAAAGUCAUUAGAUGAGUCACCUCUUUGGUUUAUCAAGAAGAAAAAAGCACGAGUCAUCUAUGAUAGUGAGGAAGAUGGGCAAGAAGAAGAGGAGGCGGAGAAACCUGCUUUGGCUAGCAGUCCAUUAGCUAGCAGCUUCACUGGCCUUGGAUGUUCCACACCCAAAUCUGCGCUGUAUAAUGGUACCAACCGCAGAUGCAGUAUGAACAUUUCAAUUGCGUCACGACGGUCUUUAGUAGAGUCACUGCUGCAGGACAUGGAGGAGGAGGAUGAAGAAGAGGAGGAGGAGGAACCAGAGGUGGGGAAGCAGCCAGAGGAUGAAGGCAGCUCUGAAGGUGCUGAGCUUAACCAUGCAUCUGAAGUCAGUGGAACAUAUGACGAUGAAUCAUUGUUGGAGGAGACAGAGCCUAAUGAAAUAUCCCUUACAUCAUUCGUUUGUGUAGAGCCAAGUGGAGAAACACUAAAUUCAGAACAAAGUCAGUGUGAGGAGGAAGAGGAAGGUGAUGUUGUAAAGGGUUUCACUGAUGAAUCAACUGAUGUUGAACUAGCUUCUAGUGAAGUAUUGGAUCAGUGUGCACCCUCUGAAGUCCAAAAUCCAAAUUAUGUUGAACAUCCAGAGGAAUCAUUCGACUCUCUGGUGAGUUCUGGGAGACGUUGUUUGGCUGAUGGGAGGAAACAGGAAGCACUGGAUUUUUUUCUAAAGGCUAUUGACAUUAACUCUGGAGAUAGUGAGAUACAAUUGCUUAUCAUCCAACUAUACAGGCAUCUGAGUCAGUAACACACACACACCUGCUUGUCAUCAAACUAUACAGUGACAAAAAUACACACACACACACACACACUGGCAUCUUUGAUCAUUUGUCAUGUGAUCAUCAGUGACACACCUGCAACUUCUCCAACUGUACAGAAACUUGGCAAGGGGGUUAUACUGGUCUCUCUCUCACAUAUAUACACACACACACACACAGCUGAUGAUAACAUUGUUUUCUGUUCUUUUUUUGUACUAUUUUUGUAACAUGAAUAAAAAUACAUUUUGGAAUUUACUUAAGGUGUUGUAAAGGAGGUGUGUGUGUGUUGAGAUAGCAUGAGUUAUACUGUCAUUUAUUAAAUGUUCCUUAGAGACAGGCUGAUAUUUGAGGAAUUCUGUAUGAGAAAGUUUUGUAUUUUGUAGAUUAAAGCAUACACACAUGUAGACAGAAGCUCUGCCUGCUAACCCCUUAUGUACAUCAUAUGCAUACAACAACAUUAACUUCUCUAAUUUACAUAAAACAUUCAUGUCCUAAUUUAUGCGUAGGUUGUGAGAAUGAGCCAACAAAUCAAAGACUUCAGCAGAUAAUUGGGACGUUAAAGGACUGUUAAAAGGAAGAGAAGAAACAGUUGGAGGUGUUUUUUUUUUCUUCUGCUGUUGCAAAUUAUGUAAAAAAUGUAGUUAUUGAUGUGUGCAGUGUUUUUUGUAAAUCUCUUGAUGGUUACACGCAGGGAAAAAAUAUAACUGACUGCUAGCUCUACUUACAGAUUGUGUAUAGAAUCUGUGUAUAGAUACUUUUUAGUCAUUUUGCUACUUCAAUAGGUUAGAUCUAAAGUUAGUUAUUAAAGUUUUCUGAAUGAAUAUAAGUUCCCAUCUUGAAAUAAUGUGAAUAACACUCAACUCAUUGGAUCACCGAGCUAAAGUGUUUGGUUUGAUAUGAAUUAAUAAUCAGAAAUAAGGGAAUGUCUGCCUGCGCUGGCAGUUUUUAUGGUUCCUCUUGUACGUAUGUAGCAAAUUUCACAGCAAUGAGUUGAUAAGACACAUCUGUCUCAGGUUCAUGUAUUAGCUUAAAAUAUGAAGUCGCAUUAACUACGUUUUACGUUAUUAUUCAGAUAUGUUAUUCUGAC